AUGGUAUGUGACCUAGAUAACUUCCUCUUCACCUUCAUCACCCCCAUUCUCCCGGAGAUCCUGGAGACCCGCCUCCAGCAGCCCGCCUCGCGCAUUCAGACACUAACCUCCCUCAUCCUCGCCAUGAACGCCCUGGUCUCGAUCAUCCUCGCGCCCGUCACCGGCUACCUGGCGGAUAAGCUGUCCUCGCGGAAUGGGCUUCUGAUCGCCGCGUGGGUGGCGAAUAUGCUGGGCACGGCGGUGACUGCUUGGGCAACGACACUCACGGUUCUCAUCAUCGGCCGCCUCAUCCAGACCGUCGCGGGCUCGGUGAUCUGGAUCGUCGGCAUGGCGAUGCUCGCCAACGCCGCUGGGACGAGACACCUGAGCAAGGCGUUCGGGGUCGCCGUCCUGCUCGUCUCCGCGGGUCUACUGACCGGUCCGGCCGUGUCGGCCGCGCUGUACAAAUUCGUCUCCUACCCCGUCAUGUGGUCGAGCGCGUUCAUCGUCCUGCUGAUCGGGUUGAUCCUGCAACUGCUCGUCCUCGAACCGCGCGGGGGCGGGGCGCACGUCAGCUCCCAUCCCAAAGACUGGGACACAGGGGACGAGGAGCACGACACUACUCGCACUCGCUCCCGCGAGACCCAGACGCAGACCCUCGACGCCACCGAUCCGCUCCUCCCAUCCAGCCCUGCCGCCGAAGCGCGCACAUACCACACAACCACCGACGCAACCCAGCCGCCAAGCCCCGCGGCUAGCAGCAUCACCCAAGAGGAGAACAUCUACUGGCUCAUUCUGCGCAAGAAACGCGUGGCCGCCGGCCUGCUCGGCGACACGCUGCUGGCCAUCGUCAUCGCGAGCUUCGAGGCCACGAUCCCGCUGCACAUCCGCGAGGUCUUCCACUGGGACAGCUUCCACGCCGGCCUCCUGUUCCUGCUGCUGCAGGCGCCGACGCUGGUCCUGGUGGUGCCCGUCGGCGGGCUCAAGGAUCGGUUCGGGCUGCGGUACCCCGUGUCCCUGGGGUUCGUGCUGCUGGCGCCGUCGCUGGUGCUGCUGGGGCUCCCGGGCCAGGAGUUUUGGGGAAUGAUGAUGGGUGGGCAUAGUGGGCGGGUGGUGUAUCUUGGGGCGUUGGUGGCGAUUGGGGUGUGGAGGACGUUGAUCCUGGGGUAUGGGGGGGUGGAGGUUCUGAAUGGCGCGAACGAGCUCGCCGACGAGAAACCCGGCAUCUUCGGCUCGAAUGGCGGGUACUCGCGGACCUUCUCCUUGUCCAAUGCCACCUGGAAGGGGGGCAUGUUCAUCGGGCCGUUGGUCUCUGGCGCGCUGACUGAGGCGGUGGGGUAUUUCUACAUGAACUUGUUUCUGGGUAUGACUAUUAUUUUCAGGGCUUGGACACGGAUUCCUUGCGCUCCUCGCCCCACCAGAACCAGUGCCGCGUGGUCAGGAAUCAUCGUCCUCGCAGGUGGAACCGGCGGGUUCGGACGGUAUCUCGCCGAAGCCAUCACCAGCAGCCCGGACUACGCCGUUGCCAUUUUGACUCGAUCUAAAGCCCCAAUCUGGACCUCACACCCCAAAAUCACCACCCACCAAACCGACUACACCGCAGCCUCUCUACUCCCCAUCCUCAACACCACACGGGCCACGACCCUCCUCUCGCUGAUCCGCUGCUCCAACGACAUCUACCUCCCGCUGCACACCCACCUCCUGGACGCCUGCAUCGCCUCGCAGACCUGCAAGCGCCUGAUCCCGUCGGAGUGGGCCGGCAACGUGGACGACUUCCCGCUGCUGCCGCGCUCCUACGGCCUGACGCGCGCGCCCUUCCGCGAGAUCCUGCGGGCGCGGGCGGCGAGCCACCACAUCGAGUGGACGCUGGUCAACCACGGCUGGUAUAUGGACUAUUUCCUGGCGGAGCAUAAAUCGUACAUUGCGUACGUGCCGGGAGAGUUCCCGAUCGAUCCGCAGACGUGGACGUAUCGGGUGGAGGGGGAUGGGGAGGCGCCGCAUAUCACGGUACGUGUUCCGGGCGUCACACUCCGUGUCUGCACUGUGUGCCGCAAGGAAUUGAGAGGGCUGCACGAGGUUGCAGGCCGCCCCUUCAAGAGGGAGUAUCGGUCCGUCGAGCAGAUCGAGCAUGAUGUCGAGCAGCACCCGACCCCUUCGGAUGAUCCGAAUAUCGCACUUCCGGAGCUGGAGGAGUGUACGAUUAAGGGGGCGAUCUGCUGCCCCCGAGAGAAGGCGUUGCGGCAGAAGGAGGAGAUCUUUGCCGGGAUGGAGUUUGUGGGAUUGGAGGAGUUGCUGGUGAGGGCCGAGAGGGAGGGUUUCAAUUGA